AUUUGAAGAGCUAUAUCCGGUUUGUAAAAUUUCAAGUUUCACAUCUCGAAUUUUAUUCUUUUUUUUGCUUAUAGUCUCAUCAAUAACUUCAGAAUGGGGAAGAAACAACAUCAAAGUGAUAAAAUGUAUCUUACAGCCACAGAGUGGGCUACCUUCUAUGGUGGAAAGAAGGCGAAAGCUCCUGAUAAGGCAAAGUUUAGGAGACUGCCAUUCAGCUGCUGCAGUUUGUCCCUUCAACCCUUUGAACAUCCACUAUGUACAAAAGAGGGCGUGAUCUUUGACUUAAUGAACAUUGUGCCAUUCCUGAAAAAAUAUGGUGUAAGCCCUGUGACUGGUAAGCCAAUGUCUGCUAAAGAGCUUGUAAAACUGCAUUUCCAUAAAAAUUCCCAAGAUAAAUAUCACUGCCCUGUGACGUUUAAGCAGUUCAAUGAAAAUACACACAUUGUGGCAAUCAAAACAACGGGGAAUGUGUUUGCUUAUGACGCAGUAGACAGACUGAACUAUAAGACAAAGAAUUUCCGGGAUUUGCUGACGGAUGAAGCUUUCACAAAGGCAGAUGUCAUUACAAUUCAAGACCCCACAAACUUGGACAAAUUCAACCUCGCAAACUUCUAUCAUGUAAAAAACAACCUAAAAGUUCCCGAUGAGGAGGAAGAGGAUUUGAAGAGCUCCAAAAGGAAUCUUAAAUCUAUUAAUCGUGAAACGAUGGAUAUCCUAGAUGAGCUAGACAGGGAAUAUAAGCCUCAAGAGAAACAAUCGGAGACAAAGAAAAGAGCAGAUAAGUUUAAUGCGGCUCAUUUCUCGACUGGUGCGGUUGCAGCUUCCUUCACGUCAACUGCGGUCAAUCCUGAGACACAGCAUGAGUCGGCAAUAAUUGACGAGGAUGUUGUAAGAUAUAAGUAUGUCAAAAAGAAGGCGUAUGUUCGAAUAAUCACAAACAAAGGAAUGCUGAAUGUUGAAUUACACUCUGAUAUGGUUCCAAAGACAUGUGAGAACUUCUUAAAGCUGUGUCAGAAAGGCUAUUACAAUGGGACCAUAUUUCACAGAUCCAUUAGGAACUUCAUGAUCCAGGGUGGUGACCCUACAGGGACGGGAACAGGUGGUGAGUCAAUCUGGGAAAGUCCCUUUAAGGAUGAGUUUAAGCCCAAUUUGACACAUACAGGAAGAGGAGUUCUAAGCAUGGCUAAUUCUGGUCCAAAUACAAACAAGUCUCAAUUUUUCAUCACAUACAGAUCAUGUAGGCAUUUAGAUCAAAAACAUACUGUGUUUGGAAAGGUGGUCGGGGGUCUAGAAACCAUUGAUAAAAUGGAGGCAGUACCGUGUGAUAAAAAAGACAAACCUGAAAAAGAGUUGAGGAUUGAGGCGUGCCAGGUAUUUGUUGAUCCUUAUACAGAAGCUGAUGAGCAGUUGGCCAAAGAUCGUGCAGGGCAAGUUGAGAAGGAAAGACUUGAAGCUGUAGCAGCCAAACAGCCAGCAGCCAAAAAACAAGAUAACAAACUAAAAACAUUCAAACAAGGGGUUGGGAAAUACAUCAAUCCUGCAAUAAAGGCGCCAUCUUUAGAACUCGGAGAUGAACCAAGCAAAAAGAAGAAAAAGACAAUGGCUUCAGGAUUUGGCAAUUUUAGCAACUGGUGACCCCUUACUACUUAUACAUCGGAUACAAAGCUCUGCAAGUGUGCACUAAAGUACUAGCAUAUGGAUUAUAUUCUGUGAAGUCUGCUUUGCAUGAGAAAAUGUCUGCCUCAAAGAAUGUACUGUGAAUUUCAAUGGUUAAAUAUGUGAAAGUGACUGCAAAUUCUCAUGGGACAGGUCUUGAAAGGUGACUGUUUGGAUAAUGUACUGCAAAUUUCCAAGAAAGAUGUCUUGGGAAAAGGACUGUGAGGAAUACCAUAUGCACUGCAUAAUUACAAGGUGAUUUGGCAAGAUGAAGUAACAUGACAAAACAUAACCACCUGGAAAAGUGUAUCAAUUAUUACAGAUGUUACAUGCCAGUCACAAGAAAGUAGCAAAAAUAGCAAGAAAUGGUGACUUAAUUAUUUACUGUGAAUCCUCAUGAAUCAACGUGAGAAAAUGACUGUCAGAUUAUUUUCCACAAAUUCAUGAGAAAUAUGAGAAAGUGACUGAUCUCAAUAAGGCAACAAACAGCAACAUGAUGGAGUAAAUAAACACUAUAAGUUCUACUUCAUUAGAUUUCAGAUUGGACCAGUAUAAUCAUAGACACCCAGACCAUAAAUAUGUGCUUCCUUGAAGUCUAUAUCAACAUUUGGUAAAUUGGAAGACUUUUUAAAAGUAUUUUGAUAGUCGGCUAAUAUAGUGAAUGUUUCAUCCAGCAGUCUUUUAAAUUUAUCAAUAGUUUUAUUGAUUUGAAUCAUUGUCAGAAGACAAAUUAGCACAUCGCAUGUAAAUUAUAAAUGUACACUGAAUAUUCAUCACAAUAAAUGUAGGAUAUUUUUCUAUGAAAAUUAAUGAUAUUGU